AUGUCAACAUCUUCUUCUUCAUCUACUUCACCGGCAGAAGAAGUCCAAGGAGGAGAUGGUGGCGAGGGCCAGGGCGGGGGCGGGUUUGAAGGGCCGUCGUCGUCUCGUAGGCGGAUGCGCUCAAGCAAUGGUGUUUGGCCUGAUCCAUUUGUUGAAGCACUUGCAUUCCAAGUAGCCAUUGAUGCUUCUCGUAACAUUGGCCGCCUUGCUGCUGCUCAAGCUCUCUUCAACAUUUUUCAGGUAUGUUCUACAUGGCGAGCCAUAUCACGAUCCGAACGUUUAUGGCAAAACGUGACACAACAUAUCUGGAAUAUCAGGCAUCGCCUUCAUGACACUUGGCGAGAGGAGUACAUAUUCCGCCACCGCACAGCCGCCAACUUCCGCCUGCACAGAUAUGAAUACACCACUCUUCAUUUUGUCCCUACAGAUAGCAACAACAGUGACAGCCUCUCUUGCCGUCGCCUGGCUCUCUCUGACCACCACCUAGCAGCCGGCUUCUUUGAUGGUUCUGUUCAACUAUUCCACCUUCCCACUAGGCUCCACCUCUCUACCUUCUAUCCUCAGCCUCGUGAUCGCCUUGGUCACUUCUCCACUGCUAUAUCAGGAAUCAUAUUAUCCGAUACUCAGCUAGUAUUCGCCACACUAGAUGGUGAUAUUCACAUUGCGGUCAUUAAUGCUGUUGCCCCACUACGCCGAGCCCUUGUUGGAGAUGUGGUUAAUGACGGUGUUUUAGUCGACUUCACAGGCAGUAACCAGUGGUGGGUUGGCCUCUAUGCAGGUGCUCCAGGCCGUGCUUUUCAUGUGUGGAAUAGUGAAACCGAAGAGCUAGUUUAUGUUGGUGGUGUACUAACAGAUCCAGAUGCAGUGAUGGGGUGGCAUUUACUGAAUGAAUUAACCGAACUUAUUGGCCGAGUUCGAGUGGCAAGCCACGGAACUGCAGUGGCGUGCACAAGCCUUAGGAUUCUUGUUCUUGAUUUGACAAACCAAGGGAUAGUAUUGCAGGAAGAAGAAAUCCCAAGGGGAAUCACUGUCAGCUGCUUCGAUACCAACGAAGAAUCGAUGGUAAUAGUCGACUCGCGGACCAUGGCUAGCGUCCGCCGGGUGGAUACUUUGGAGGAGAUUUGUAGGUUCAGAGUUAGAGGAGCCUCUCAGAGAGGCAUUUUGGGAUGUGUAAAUGGUGGAUAUGGACUAAUGUGUGCAGGGGGUGUUAUUAGGGUUUGGGAAAUAGAGCAUGGAUCAUAUUUAUACAAUUUUAGAGAGAGGAUAGGUAAAUGCAAUGCCCUUAUUGCUGAUGAAAGGCAUGUCGCUGCUUGUUCUGCAGAUGCCACUAUUCAUUUGUGGGAUUUUGGGGCUCAAUAG